AUGGUUGUCGUGACUGAUUAUAACGAAUGUGAAUAUGGUCCAAGUGUCUGUGACGUGAAUGCCGACUGCACCAACACACCAAGCAGCCAUACGUGCACAUGUAGAGCUGGAUACACUGGAAAUGGAGACACAUGUACAGAAUGUGAUGACGGGAAAUAUGGACUGAAUUGUGCCUCAGAAUGUUCCUGUGUAUCACGUGGUACAUGUAACAAAGUGACUGGUCAAUGUACAUGUAAUCCUAUACCUGGUUUUGAUGACGCUGUAUGUGACAAAGUUGACUUUCAGAUGUCAUUGACACGAGCUGAUGGUAUGACUGGACCUGUUCUUGACACUCAAGCCAUCGAUGAUGUGGAACUCAUCUGCACUGUGAAUGUAUUACCAGCAGACCUGGUUGGCCCUGUUCUAAUAAGAUACCCAGAUAGGAAUGAAUUCCCAACCACACUUGAUUCCAAUCAACAUGUCUAUAGAGAGACAGUUAUGGAUGUACAUCCAGGAGAUAGCGGUGACUACACCUGUGUCAUCAAAAUCCUUCCUCGACCAUCUGAUUCCAUUGAAGAUAAAACAAGUGUUUACAGUCUAUCCGUUGUAGAUCUGGAUGAGUGUGCAACAAACAUGUUUCAAUGUGAUGUCAAUGCCAACUGUGUUAAUGAGGAUAUGGAGGGAGGAUACAACUGUGUGUGUAAUGAUGGCUACAGGUAUUCUGCUGAUGGGAGCACUUGUGAAGAUAUUGAUGAAUGUACGGAUGCUACAGUGAUGCACAACUGUGUCAUGAAUGCUGACUGUACCAAUACAGCUGGCAGGUUUUACUGUACAUGUAAACCUGGCUACUCUGGAACUGGAAAUGUUGCAUGUCAAGAUAAUGAGCCUCCACAAUUUCAAGAUGGAACUUGUCCGUCUGAUAUUGAUGAAGUUGCAGGAGCCGGGAUGUCAGACAAAAUGGUGUCUUGGAUUAAUCCAUCAGCUACUGAUACUACUGGUGAUGCUCCAACUAUUGUAUGUACACCACAGUCUGGCAGUGACUUUAUGAUUGGUACUCAAGAAGUCAUAUGUACAGCUACUGAUGCAGCUGGGAAUCAGGCUACACCAGACUGCAUUUUUGAAGUCGCAGUAACAGAUUAUAACGAAUGUGAAGAUGAUCCAAGUGUCUGUGACGUGAAUGCUGUUUGCACCAACACACCAGGCAGACAUACGUGCACAUGUAAAGCUGGCUACACUGGAAAUGGAGACACAUGUACAGAAUGUGAUGACGGGAAAUAUGGACUGAAUUGUGCCUCCGAAUGUUCCUGUGUAUCACGUGGUACAUGUAACAAAGUGACUGGUCAAUGUACAUGUAAUCCUAUACCUGGUUUUGAUGACGCUGUAUGUGACAAAGUUGACUUUCAGAUGUCAUUGACACGAGCUGAUGGUAUGACUGGACCUGUUCUUGACACUCAAGCCAACGAUGAUGUGGAACUCAUCUGCACUGUGAAUGUAUUACCAGCAGACCUGGUUGGCCCUGUAUUAAUAAGAUACCCAGAUAGGAAUGAAUUCCCAACCACACUUGAUUCCAAUCAACAUGUCUAUAGAAAGACAGUUAUGGAUGUACAUCCAAGAGAUAGCGGUGACUACACCUGUGUCACCAAAAUCCAGCCUCGACCAUCUGAUUCCAUUGAAGAUAAAACAAGUGUUUACAGUCUCUCCGUUGUAGAUCUGAAUGAGUGUGCAACAAACAUGUUUCAAUGUGAUGUCAAUGCCUACUGUGUUAAUGAGGAUAUGGAGGGAGGAUACAACUGUGUGUGUAACAAUGGCUACAGAUAUACUGCUGAUGGAAGCACUUGUGAAGAUAUUGAUGAAUGUACGGAUGCUACAGUGAUGCACAACUGUGUCAUGAAUGCUGAUUGUACCAAUACAGCUGGCAGUUUUUACUGUACAUGUAAACCUGGCUACUCUGGAACUGGAAAUGUUGCAUGUCAAGUCUGCAAUCAGGGUUACUAUGGAUUAGGAUGUACUCAGGUUUGUACGUGUGUAGCACCAGUACCUGCACUAAAUGAUGUCAUGUGUAACAAUGUUGACGGUACAUGCAGCUGUGAUCAAGAAUUUCCAGGAAAAGCUUGUGAUAAAAGUGAUCUCCUUGUUACAUUGACAUCGGACCCCUUUCCCGUCCUGGACACACCAGGAGUAGACAACGUAGCAUUAGUUUGUUCCGUCAACCUCCAUUCAAGGGAUCUUGAUGGGUCAGUUGAUAUCACUUUUCAAAAUGGCGCACAGAUACCGAGUACAACAUUAAGCAAUCCCUCUGAAGGCAGAUAUGAGCGGACUCUAAAUGACAUCUCUCUGGCAGACAGUGGUACAUAUAGAUGCACAGCUACAACCAGGAUUAAUGGAGUACCUUUGACGGAACACGGAGAUGUCACCUUGGAUGUUCUUGCACCUGGACGAAUCAUUUCGGUCACUGAAAAGGUAGAAGGUGAAUUAAUGGCAACUGUCUCAGUUGACUGCAUAGUGUAUGCAGAUCCUGCUCCAACUAUCACCUGGUAUGAUCCUGACUCAAUGGUGAUCGUAAACGAUAACUUGAAAUACUCAGUUUCAUACUCAUUGGACGUCGGCCAGGGGCGACUGACCAGUUCUUUAUCUGUGAGGAAUCUUAUCAGAGAUGACGGUGGAAGUUACAAGUGUGAGACUCAAAAUGAUUUAACAGAUGAAAAGGAUGAAAAGCUUGCAGAAGUUGUCAUCAUAGAGGUUCCAGAGGUAGGCCCCGUGGCUGCCACUCCUGUGAGCUCCGAGGCAAUUGAUGUGACUUGGGUAGUAACAUAUGAUGGUAAUCUACUAUUCACAUGUAUAGUGGAGUAUAGAGUAGAUCCAAGUGGCAUAUGGAUGGAAUCUACACCGGGUCCUUCCCAACAGUCUCAGGCACAUCAAGUAACUGGAUUGGAAGCCUUCACUUUAUACUCAAUACGAGUUACUUGUAGGAACAGAGUUGGAAAUGGUAUACCUUCUGUACUAAUCACUUCAGUUACAUCCGAACAAGCUGCCCCAAGUGCGCCUCGAAACCCAGAAGUAACCGAAGCCACUUCUGAGAGUCUUACUGUAGCAUGGGAAGAACCUGAAAUGAAGAGAGGAACUAUAGCAUCGUAUCGUGUAACAGUUGAAGGAGUAGUAGAAACCUACCAGACUUCAGGUCCUGGUAAUCCAGCACCUCUCUUCCUCAAUGUAACUGGACUGAAUCCCUUCACAAAUUACAACCUUUUUGUAACUGCAUUCAACGAGGAAGAUUUAGUUCAGCUGAUGGGAGAAGAUUCAAUGACAAUUACCGAGAAAACGGCUGAAUCCACACCAACAUCUCCACUCAAUGUUAAAUUGAACAGCACGGGCAAGACGUGUGUCGUCACUUGGGAUCGACCUCAAAGGGAGAAUGGCAUCAUCAUGACAUACAAGAUUUCUAGGCUUGCGCACUUCUAUGAUGGUCUGGAUCCAGACUUGAGUAAGACUGAUACAGUUGAAAUUUUAGGAGAUCAAAGGUCGUACUCUAUCGACAAAAUCGAUCUUCAGGCGUACGCUCAGUACAGGUUUGCAAUCACCGCUUCAACAACCGUUGGAAAGGGACCCCAAAGUGAAACGACCGUCGCCACAUGUAAUUCUCCACCUUCAGCCCCUCAAGCACCAGCACGUCCAGUGGUAUCUGAUUAUUUACUGGACUCGGUAACCGACAGUUCAUUCAAGGUAGUAGUUGCACCCACCAGCCAACAAAAUGGACCAAUAAGCUGUUUGGAGUUAACUUUGGUGCAGCUCAACAGAAAUGAAGGCAUCGAUGGAAAGGUUCCUGAUAUCUUGUACCAUCCGGAUCAACUCGGAACCUACCAGGAAGCACAGGAGUCAAUGGCGCCUUACGUUGCCGUGGUGUUCACAGGAAGCGAAAUCACUGACAGUAUGGAGGUUGAGAUUGGAGUAGGGGGCUUGACGUCUUGCGGAGGAGGUAACCUUUCAAGGCGGAAACGAAGACAGUCGAAGCGGGAACAUGUCGGUGAUAAUGGCGCUUUGAAACCAAAUACGAGAUACACAGCUUUCUUGAGAGCUUAUAGUGUAUUCGACAAUGGAACGGAAGUUUAUUCUACUAGUCCACUGAUGCAAUCAAUCCAAACGGGGGAAACGCCAUCGAACAAUGUUGCUAUCUUCGCUGUAAUCGGUCUUUUAAGCACGCUUCUGAUAGUUGCCGUUGCUGUGGUGAUUGUUUUUGUUAUGAGGUCAAAGGUGAAACGUGAAUCGCACAAUGCACAGGACACUCGAACAGUUGGUGCUCCAGUGGAAAUGAAUUCAACAGAUUAUGAAGUAACGAUGGAUUCAAGUACAGAAGCUGUUGUUUACGAGGAUGUAGGACUGCCCUCAUGGGCUGUCCGAUGGAAGAUCCUCCGGCGCGAUCUUGGCGUUGAUGGUACGGUACUGGGAAGGGGAAACUUCGGUGAAGUGAGGUCUGGAACUGUAGACCAAGGCGGCCAAAGGACCAAGUGUGCCAUCAAGAUAUUGAAAGGUCGAGCUUCCCCGACUGACAGACAGGAUUUUCUGGAGGAAUUUCGAACCAUGACCAAGAUUGGAUAUCAUCCCAAUGUCGUCUCGCUCAUAGGUGCUUGCCAACAUCAAGAUGUGUUGUACGUAGCGUUGGAGUACCUUCCCAACGGUGACUUGCGUAAUCACUUAAGAUCAUCUCGUCCGGACACCGACUCUGAACCAUCUCUGACGUCAGAGCAACUCAUCAAAUUUGCUCUUGACGUUGCCAUGGGAAUGGAACAUCUUGCAUCGUCAGCGGUCAUCCAUCGCGAUUUGGCCGCCAGAAAUAUCCUACUCGGCCGUGGAUUUGUGGCAAAAGUGUCAGAUUUUGGACUUUCCCGGGGAGAGGACAUCUAUGUUCAAACAUCAAUGAGACGAGUACCAACUCGCUGGUUAUCCAUCGAGUCUAUUAUGCUGAAGACUUACACCACCAAGAGCGAUGUAUGGUCCUAUGGCAUUCUCUUAUGGGAAAUCGCAACUUUGGGUGGCACACCAUAUCCGUCUAUUAGAACCAAAGACUUGGCAAGUCAACUUACCGAUGGAUAUCGUAUGUCAAAACCACAAAAUUGUGACGAGAAAAUAUACAUGUUGAUGAUCCGAUGCUGGGAAGAAAAUCCAACCAACCGACCCUCCUUCUCUGACUUGGUGACGGUCCUGAGUGGAAUGAACGAAAGCCAGAUUAACCACACCUACAUGGCCUUCCAGCGACCACACUACGAGAAUUUCAGCGUCAUCAGACCAGAGUUAGAUGACAACUAAAACAACUUCUCCCGUUGGAUCUCAACAAUCGCGUCCGGGCAUAGAUGAAGCAGAUCAGCACCUUCUUUACCCAAGUUUCUGAAUUUAAGUAAUUUUCUUCAAAACUAGCGCGAAGAGAUGGAGCCGAAAGCUGGUGUCACAACAGCUUUAUUCCACGUGCUGCAGCUCUUUGAAACUCCUUGACGGGUGCAUACA